AGUGAAAUGAAGUGAAAUGAGUGAAAUGAUUUUGCUUGAAAUGUUUCAUAUUUUCACGAAUAAAAAUUUAACAGAAUAUGUAUUCACGUUAAGUGUCAACGAAUUGUGAAAUGGUUAACACCAAGAGGUUACGAAUUUCCAUAAACAAAUGACAGAUCUUUGAUCUCCAAAUCGGGUGCCCGAUGACGCGUCACAUCCGUUGGGUCUUUAAAUUAAAAAAGAAAAUAAACAAAUAAAUUUACGAUGUGUUCCACCAACGUCCAGAACAAAGAAGCGAUGAAGACAUCGCAAAGGCUGAAGAUUUUAACCUUUACAUAAGAACGAGAAGAUUUAUUGGUUUUCAUCAUGGAGAGCAUCUAUGCUGUAAUAUUUACCCUGAUUCUUAUGUUCCCUUUUGUCCUUCAACUUCACAUGCUAAUCCUGGAUCCAAAGAAGCUAUGCUCUGUUUUCCAUUACUACGCAACCAGCCCAGAAGACACCACCGACAGAAGUUCAUCCCCAAAGUUACUGCAGUAUUAUCCCAAAGCACCAAUUGUAUUCGACGUGAAAUCAGACUCCAAAAUAUCUUUAACAAACCUGAGGACUGUGUCGUCAUCCCCUACACUAGUACCGCAGAUAUCAAGCAUAGAAGCUCGUAAGAAAUCAAGCAAACGUCUAUUGUUAAGAGUGAAGCACUCCUGCACGUUUGUCAAAACUGAUCAGGUGUUGCCUGUAGUAGACAUCACCUCGAACUACAGCUCUUACAGGUACAAAGCAUUCGAAACAUGUCUAAGAAACCUUUACGGAGACAAUUAUCCGCCUGGUGAAGUGGUGUUAAAUUCUAUGCAGUUGAAUUUGUUAGACUCGCGGACAAACGUAUCCCGUCUGAAGAAAGCUAAUCUGUUCGACUUCAUCAAAGACAGCGAAUUGACCCUGGCCACCAGUGCCAUGUGCAGAAAGUUUGAAAUUGAAUAUCUCAAUGUGUUGGAUCACUUUGUGACCAAACUGGCUGACAAACCGUCCACAGAAGAGAGAUUCACGGAAACGUUGUAGCAGGAUCAGUGACGGUUAUCUGACAAUACCGAUUCGAAGGACUCUAUCAGAGACAUAAUCACCAGUUCAGAAAAGAAUCGGAGAUCCUGUAAGAAGAUCGAGCCUUGCGAAUUUAAUUUGUCCUCGCUUUGACGCGUUUACGGGACCAAUGACAUUCAUUCAGGCAGAAAGCACUCUCUGCCAGAACUCGGGCGUCUGCUUCGGAGCUUUUGGAUUCGUUGCAAGCGGAUCGAUUAGGAGACGAGUUUGAUUGGUCAAAAGAAACAGGAAGGGACAAUGUUUGUCGCGAAAUUACUGAAUCGGAUCUUCGGAAAAUUGAAUGUUUCUUUUUUGUACACUGUUUUUGCAUGGAGAUAAAGAAUUGAUUGAAAGAAUCAUUGACGAGUGUCGUUACUAAGUUUUUAUUGGUUCCAGAUGCUAUGGAUUUGAAUUGUUGGAUUAUGGUCGGGUAAAUCCAAACCUAUCAAAGAUCUAUGAUCUAGACUUACGGAAAGACUACAAGAGUAUUUUUAGAUAAAAAUAAUGAUAGUCAAAUUUUGAUAUGGCAUAUGUUAGAUUAUGGGGAUUAUUAUAAUAAAAUUCACAGUAUAUUUCAACACAAAAUACUUUAUUUUAAGGCUAGGAAGGACGUCUUCUCUCUAUGACGUUUUGACACGAAGUGGCUAGAAAGCCCGUAAGGACAAAGCUAAAAGUCUGUUGCCCACUUAAAGAUUCUAUAAAGACCAAGACUGCAUUCAGUCUGUUACCCAGGCCCUCAGGUAUAAACAGUCCCAGGCCUAUGGGUCCGUUGACGUCUGGUCCAUAAACAAAACAUUAAAGCACGCAGUGCUUCUCAAAUAUACUAAAUUUAUUUUUGCUUACUUGCUGACGCAUUGUAAGUAAUCCAACAGCAUAUCUCACUACGCUCCAUAAAUAGAAUAUGUGAAUUUUUUUGAAGAGUAAUGACAGUUUUAAUGGAUUCCAUUGAAAGAGGUUCCACAACGGAUCUGUGUUUCCUGGACAACAUUCAUUAUAUCUUAUUCCAUUUGGAAUAGAAAGACUCUGAGAUAAAAUCUCAUAUAAAGAGUGCUAUUGAAUAAAGUUUGCGAAUAAGAAA